AUGUUCAAGAAAACCAAGAGCAAGGUGCUGGUGGAUUAUGCGUCAGAGGAGGACGACAUGUCCUGGCACUACCAUCACUCCUACAAGGACAAAGACAUAGAAGGAGAGGAAGAGGACGAGGAAGCUGUCACUGCAGUGUCCAAGGAAGCGAAGGUGAAGAAAAUCAUGUCCAAGAAGGAGAGGAGGGAGAAGAAGAUGUUCUCCUCCAAAGAUGAUGAGCACUUUUUGCUGACCGGAGUGAAGCUGGCUGACCGCAAAGGGCCUCACAAGAAAAUCAAGGACGAGGAGAAGGAGAAGAAAGAGAAGCCCGAAAAGGGCCUGUGUUUCUGGGAGAGUGUUACAAUGACUAUGAGGCAAAUCUCGCCCACCAAAAAACUAGAGAAGAUGGAAGGUUGGGAGCCACCACAGUUAGAGAACAUAACUGAGACUGGGACUGAUGAACUCCCUGUGGAACAUAGGCAGAGUGAGAACGUGGCAGUGACCCUCCCUGACUCCAUAAGUGUUCCGCUGGAAAUGCCAACAUGGGGAGGGCAGGGUCUGGAGGAAGACUCCUCCCGUUAUGCUAACUUGAAGGACUCCAAUGAUUCAUCGGCCGGUGUGAGGUGGACGGCCCGUGCCAAAGUCAAGCUGGCUGGCAUCAGCAGGAUGAGCAGGGGGAUUGUGUCUGAGAGCACAUGGGGGGGCUUUAAAUAA